ACUUAUUUAUUUUAGCUCGAUUGUAAGGCAAGUUCUCACAACUUAUUUAAGUCACUCUCGAGUCCGCUUCUUGGAACCAACCAGUACUGGUGUCAUAUGAGGAAUCAUGGUCGUAACCCGUGUAGGUCUUUUAAACCGUACGUUUGACAAAAGUUCAGUUUCUUGUGCAUUGUUUCGGGUCCCUUAGACAGUUAAGUGACAAAGUUAUGCCACAUAUUAGUUUAUGUUACGAGAAUUUGGGUUCCCCAAAGUAUUUUUUCUUACUAAUGAUUAAUUUAAAGAUUUCUUUUCUCAGUGUUAGAUUAAUACAACAUCAUGUGCAAGUCCUUAAGCUUCAUAGCCGAAAAGAAGAAUCUUGCAUUGAUGCAAUCAUCAAUGCAGUGAUGGCAGAACUUGGUGGUAUCAGCAGAAAUCUAGGUGUGGGACAAAUAUGGAGGAGACUAAGAAGAGAGCAUGGGUUAUUAGUUAAGAGGGAAACAGUUAGAGAUAUUGUCAAUAUUAUCGAACCAGACCGAAGAAUAGAAAUGCGACAGAGAAGGCUUCAAAGAAGAUGCUAUACUGUAGGAGGUCCUAACCACAUGUGGCAUGUUGAUGGCAAUGACAAGCUAAAGCCCUUUGGAUUUUGCAUAAGCGCUGCUAUUGAUGGGUGGAGUAGAUAUAUUCUAUGGAUUGAUGUAGACGUAACUAAUAAGGACCCUGCGUUAAUAUGUAAUUAUUUCCUUGGCACUGUUGAAGAACUUGGGUUAGUUCCCCGUACGGUUAGAAUCGACAAAGGAACUGAAAAUGUUGUCCUUGCAGAUGUCCAGACGCUAUUUCGCCAAGACCACGACGAUAGCUCGGUACCAGUUAUGAUUGGCUCAUCAAAUCAUAACCAAAGAAUCGAAAGAUGGUGGGGUUAUUGCAGAAAUUCUGUCCUUCAAUAUUACAUGGAUCUUUUUAAAGACUUAGAAUAUUCAGGGAUACUGCAGAUGAAUAAUAAUCUACACACAGAAUGCUUGAAAUUCUGUUUUAUGAAUGUUCUCCGCAAAGAGAUUAAGUAACAUGCAUACAUAUGGAAUCAGCAUCGUGUCAGAAAUAUGAAAAAUGCUAGAUGCCCAAGUGGUGUCCCCUACUUUUUAUAUCCCC